GAACAAGACUUUAAUCGUGUUUUAAAAUAACUCUCUCGUGUUGUGUUGUCCAUCCAUCGCCUGGAGGAGAAAGAAGAGAGGAGAAAAGUCGAAGAAAUAUGUAAAAACGCGUUUACUGUAGCAUUCAAAUGCCCAUCCCAAACUGAACGCUCUGCUUUGAACGCAAAACAAACGCCAAUCGUUCAUUGACAAUGAAGGAAGAUGAAGAGAUUCCCGCUGUUGACGGUUGUAUAGAUAGAGAGAGUGGAGCCAUUUGACUUCACUGGACACACGCCCAGCACAAGACGUCUAGGAUAAUGUUCUUUUAAUUUAUGAAUACGCGUUGAACUUUCAGCUAUCACCCACGGAACCAAGCUGCUCAUUCUUUCUUCUUAAGCUAAUCCAUCUUUACCAUUAGUCGUAAUCUAGAGGUCCAAGAGGUAUCUUGCUUUCCAUUAUUUGACCUUUUAGAUGAUCUCUAGCUUUCACUGCAUAACGAUCUUCUUUUUCCUGGUUGUUGGAGGGUUCUUGAAUUGCGUAUUAAUUCAAGCCAAGUCAUUCUCUUUUUAAAUUGGGUCAGUUACAAAUUUGCAGAGUUGAGGGAAGCGUGAAUUAUUUGAUUCAUGGUCGCGACUUUCGGCAGACGAGAAUAACCUGUAUAAGGUAUGAGCUUAUGUGGAGAAGUUCCCAAUUCUAUCCUGAGAACAGUAUUAUUCGGUGAAUGCUUAUGAAUCUUGAUGAAGGAGAGGUGAGAAUUUUAGCUGGUGAUCUUCGCUUCUGAAGGAUAAUCUAUUUAAAAUUUAGCUUUUGGCCGUAAUAUGGGUUGCAUAUGCUCCAAGACCUCAGCUGUGGAGGACAGCCGAGAAGGUUUGACAACGAAAUUGUCGUCAUUGAGCAAAAGGUCAUCGGAGCUGAAUGUUUCACGAUUGAAUUCAUCAAAAAGGGAUGAGGGAGUUUGGACCAAGAAUGUGAUAGAUGCCAGAGAUGUAAAAGUUUCGUUGAUUAGCAAGAAACCCAAUGGUUCAGUGACGUUUUAUGAUGAUCGAAUUGGAGAGGAGAAAAGUGAGAAACCCGAAUUUCCCGUUCUUAAUCAUCCUGGUCUUGGUAAAGUACCAAAGGCUACAGAAGGAGAACAAGUUGCGGCAGGAUGGCCAGCUUGGCUAUCUUCUGUUGCUGGUGAAGCUAUCAAGGGAUGGAUACCUCGGAGUGCUAAUACUUUCGAGAGGUUAUAUAAAAUUGGCCAAGGAACAUACAGUUCUGUUUACAAGGCACGUGAUGUGACUCACCAAAAGACAGUUGCUUUGAAGAAAGUACGAUUUGAUAAUCUUGAUCCUGAGAGUGUCAGGUUUAUGGCAAGAGAAAUUUUUGUUCUGCGUUGGCUUGACCAUCCUAACGUGAUAAAGUUAGAGGGCUUGAUAACAUCCCAGGCAUCCCGUAGCUUGUACCUUGUUUUUGAGUACAUGGAACAUGAUCUUACAGGACUUGCUUCACGUCCUGGCAUUAAAUUUUCAGAACCACAGAUUAAGUGCUACAUGCAACAGCUUCUCAGUGGAUUGGAUCAUUGUCAUAGUCAUGGUGUUCUCCACCGGGAUAUAAAGGGGUCAAAUCUUCUUAUUGGCAAUAAUGGCAUCUUAAAGAUUGCAGAUUUUGGUUUGGCAAGCUUUUUUGACCCCCAUCAAAGUGUUCCAUUGACCAGCCGAGUGGUGACUCUUUGGUAUAGGCCUCCAGAACUUUUACUUGGAGCAUCUCAUUAUGGUGUUGCGGUGGAUUUGUGGAGCACUGGCUGUAUACUGGGGGAACUGUAUUCUGGCAAGCCCAUAUUGCCAGGAAAAACAGAGGUGGAACAAUUGCAUAGGAGUUUUAAGCUUUGUGGCUCACCAUCUGAAGAUUACUGGCUUAAAUUGCGGUCGCCACAUUCAACAAUAUUCAAGCCUCCGCAUCAUUAUAGGCGUUGUGUUGCGGAAACAUUCCAGGAAUAUCCACCUGCUGCUGUGAGGCUAAUAGAGACCCUACUUUCAAUAGAUCCUGCACAUCGAGGAACUGCAGCUGCUGCCUUAAAAAGUGAGUUCUUUACCGUGGAACCCCUUGCUUGUGAUCCUUCAAGUUUACCAAAAUAUCCUCCCAGCAAAGAGAUUGACGCUAAGAUGCGAGAUGAAGCAACCAGAAGGCAAAGAGCUGUAGGAGGAAGGGAGCAGAAAGUUGGGGUGGGAGUUGGACCAGAAAAAGGGCUUCAGGCGCUUGCGGCAAAUAACAAUGCUAACCCGCGCUUGUCAAUGCAGCAAGGACGUCAUUCCAGUUCAAAGAGUCGAACUGAAUUGUUCAAUCCUCCCAGAGAAUCUGCUUCGGGGUUGUUGGUUUUUCCACAUAAACAGUCAGACAAUGCUGAGGAAGUGGAAAAUAAUUUCUCUGGUCAUCUAUACAAGAGGCCUUCACAUUCAGGUCCAUUGGUUCAGGGUCCAGGCCGGGUAAAAGUUGGUAAGGACAUGGACGAGCAGCAUCUUGGUUCAAACAGAGUCAACUUGUCAAAGGUAUUAGGUUUAGUUGCAUCUAGGACUUCAGUGUCUGAAGAUCAGGAGGAAAAAUCACAUUUCUCACGGCCCAGAAAAACAGUUGAUGUACAAAAACCUGUGGAGUCAACUAGGGGAUCAGAUUUAAGAAGGCAGGCUCAAAAACACCAGUCUCAGCGAGUUGAUUUGUGUCACGUAGAACAUGGAAGGACCCCUGCUAAAGAAUCAACUCCGGAAGGGUACGCCAGAGGAAACAAGAUCUAUCUUUCUGGUCCAUUGAUGGUAUCGUCAAACAACAUGGAUCAGAUGCUCAAAGAACAUGAUCGAAAGAUCCAGGAAUAUUCAAGACGAGCUAGAAUUGACAAGUCAAAAGGUGAAAAAGUUCGUGCGAAGCAAAAGUAGAUGCCGGUUAGUCAGAUAUACACCCAAAAUUGUAGUAGUACAGCUGGGUAAGUAUUUCAUGACUUCACUAUUCAUCUCUCAUUGUUACCGAGGGAAAGAGAGUGGGGAGAAGGGGGAAGACAGCCCUCGUUAUAAAGUGUAUCAUAUAUUGAAGCUUUCUGUGUCAAAGAAAUUGAUGUUUACUUCCAUUCUUCAA